UGAUUGGGAGCGUGGAAAAUCGAUAGUCUCUCCUUCUCCGUCUCUCUUCACCUUUCGACUCCUCUUCUUCAAUUUCUCCAUGUGUUGUCGUACGAUGCGUUGACUGGCUUGUGAGACCAAGUGAGGCUGUCAGAUUCUCCUCGGCAUCUCAACUUCACCACCCAUCAGGCAGCAGCCCCACCCCAGUGACCUAGACUUUGGACGGAUGCUCCGGUAUCUAGUGCAUAUCCUCGACGUCUCUCGAAACCUGAGAUGGAGAGAGAGAAAGAGAAAGCUAGGGCCUUUCUGCGUGGUCUUGUCAGGAUUGUCGCCCUUUGACCAUCUCUGCCACAUGCCCGUCUCCAGGCCGAGGAUUGGCGCGGAGGGGGGGGGGGGGGGGGUGCUUGCCGCAGAGGCUCAACGCUUGUUUGAUUAUUCAGAAAUUCCCGCUCUUUCCUUGGGCGGACGCUCCAAAGGAAAGCCAAUUGUUUCGCCGGGUCUGAGCUUCAGUACAACGCAGCUUGGUUCGGCAGAUUCUUGUCAAGCUCAGGCCCCUGACAGAGACGAAGGUGAUCGUUUGGGAGACCGACCGCUUUGCUUCGCUCGGCGUACUUACAUACAUACAUGGCGAACUGCAGCAGAGUUUUGGAUGCCAUCCGUGUCACACCGACGUCAAAGUUCAAAGGGUUCCUGAUUCGUCCAGUGUUCAGGCUACGGCCUCGACAUUCUCAUAUGUCAGCUGCGCUAGAACUUGGUCGAUUGUUUCUUUGGUCAGAUCAAUGCAAACUCUAUUAUGCUAGUUUAGCCCUUGGGUGACUCCCCCCCUUCGGCUAGCCAAGCCAGCUUUUCGUUUCUUUUCUCUUCUCUUAUGGUUUUGAACGGCUUCACCGGACUGUAACCAGCGACGCAUCGCGGCGGAGAGAG